AUGCUGAUUUACCCUUUGAUGAGCUAUGCCAAAGCCUGCCUAACUUAUUCAGCCCAACUUGCUCUUUCGGCGACGCAAGAGAACAGUUACACGGGCGGUGACUUAAGCUCUGAAUCAGCUGCUGAGGACCUCAAGGGCCUAACAACCGUGGCAUCUCCUUUAUUGGGAUCCGCGGAUAAGGAACAUACAGUACUUCACUAUUUUAUUAAAGUCCUACCCUCGUCCGAGCUUUCACGCUCACUCUUACUACAGCCCCCGGACGAUAUCCAAGACGCCGUCAACAGGGCCGAACGCCACCUACGCUUGUGUCCCUCAGUUUCCCGCCACUCUCCAUCUGAAGACACACACGAUCGGCAUGCCCACCCUAUGGUCGCGGGACGAGGUACCUAUUACCCUACACGACGUUUUACAGGCCCAACUCAUCCGCCCUUCAAUCGUCGAGGUGAACCCUUUCGCAAGCCUGGUGGACAACGAUUCCCCCGCAACCACGUCUGCUCCUGUCAGAGGAAAACGGGUACUGUCUCUAUUACUUCUUGCACAAGCUCUACUUUAUCAGUUGCCCCUUUUUAUACCAGAGUAGUCGUAGCCGAUCAGACUGUACGCGCGUUGAUUGAUACGGGAGCGACAGUAUCCCUAGUUAGCCCGCGAAUCUUACAACCGGGUAUCCACCACCAGCGUAAUGAGACCUCCCACGCAGUGAGAUUAACCACGGCGGACGGACAACGUUUAACACACCACGGGACCAUACCGCUCACCGUGACACUUCCCUACCUCACAGCCGAACACACCUUUGUCAUAACACCACAUCUCACGUGGGACAUACUCCUCGGAACCGAUUUUCUUGCUCAUUACGAAGGCCACAUCGAUGUACGAAAUAGGAGAGUUGAGUUCCGACAAACCGACGCGGAAGGCCCGGCGAGGCUCCCGAUCGUAGGCGAAACGGCUGCCUGUGCCGCAAUCCCAGCGGCAAUGCAGAUUCCUCCGACGUCCAUUGAUGGCAUAUUACCCACCGCAGAUCGGGCCGAUGCCGAGAAGGAAGCACUCUCAAACGGAUGUUACUAGGGUUUCACGAUGUCUUUGCGUGGAACGAGUACACGCUGGGACAAUGACGAUAACUCAUACACCAACGGUUUGCAGAAUGCCAGGACGUCCGGCGGUUUGUCUACACCGCAAUCAAUUCCUACAGCAAAAACUGUGCUGACUAUGGGCUCCAUAACCCUCAGCACGCCUGCGUUGAGUUCUCCGAUAUACUGGUCUGGACAUGAUAGACACCCUGACAAACGACGAAAGACAAGAGUUCGACAGCUACACUCAAUCCAUAGGAAGAAAACGCGGAGAGACAAAAAGUUCCGCGCUUCUAAGAAGUGUACAUGAAAGCAAACAACAACCACGGUUUCCCAAGGAUCCAAGUCGGUAGGUACACAACCACUCUUAUAUGACACUUGAUAAAACAUCACUUGAAGCAUUAUCCCUUGGUCCUAAGUUUUGCAUGCCUCGUCGAAAAGUCAAUCAGUUAGAAUUGGAAACUCAGUUCGAGAACCUAUGGAAUCAAACCUAUGACCUAGUGCCCUCUUCCACAGACAGUAUCCAACACUUUAAAUCAACACUGGUGAAUUGCAGUUAUCAGUACCUGAACAAGGGGCCAAAAAGUCAGGGAUUGCUGACAAAAGCGCAUGUGGAAAAGUUAAAAGAACUUCGAGAGAACAAAGAUAUCCUGGUAACUAGACCAGACAAAGGAACAGGCGUCGUUAUAAUGAACAGAUCGGACUACAUAGCGAAGAUACCGUCCAGAUUAUCAGACCAGAAGAAAUUCAAGAUAGUAGACAAAGAAUAAGAUUGUUUGGAUGAAGUAGAGGCGAAACUGACUGUCUAAGAAGGCUCCACACAGGGAGGCACAUAACCGACCGUGACCUAGAACAGCUUCGACCAGUCGGCACACAUAUCCCUCGACUGUAUGGCCUACCUAAGAUCCAUAAGGAAGGCCUGCCAGUCCGUCCAAUCCUAGACAUGCGAAACUCUCCGUAUCAUGCGGUAGCAAAGUGGCUAGCAGAGAAACUCAAGCCUGUACAGCGUCAGCUAGCACCAAGCAGUUACCGAGAUACCCUUGAAUUCAUUGACGACAUCAAAGACCUUAACGUCAACGGCAUGGUGAUAUUCUCGCUAGACGUCUCAUCACUUUUUACAAACGUUCCGGUCACCGAGACAGUUGACUACCUCUGUGAUUUUCUAUCUGCCAGUCAGCAGGAAAUAGGGAUUCCGACGAAUACACUCAAGGAACUAUUACUAAGAUGCACAUUAAAUGUGCAGUUCCUGUUAUACAAGUAGACGGCGUUGCUAUGGGCUCACCCCUAGGACCUCUCCUAGCCGAUGUCUUCAUGGGAAAAUUGGAGAGAUUCCAACCAAGUGAACAGAUCGAUAAGCUUAAACAUUACGGUCGCUAUGUUGACGAUAUCCUUGCCAUUGCCACUGCAGAAACCGAUGUAGCAACCCUCUUAGAUGCGGCAAAUCAGGUACAUCCGUCGAUUAAAUUCACGCUGGAGAUGGAAGCGGCCGGUUCGCUCCCUUUCUUAGAUGUUCUUCUAAGCAGGAGACCUGACGGCAGUGUCCGAAGAAGCGUCUAGCGGAAGAAAACCUGGUCUGGACAAUACACGAACUUCGCCAGUUUCGAACCCCUCCAACAAAAACGAAAUCUAGUCCGAUGUUUCGCACAAAGGGCUAGAAAAAUUUGCUCAACAGAUACCAUCGAGGAGGAGCUCAGAAAAAUCCAGGGCUUCCUUCGCGAAACCGGAUAUCCUGAAAGGUUUAUUGAAAAGAAUAUUGCUGAACGACCGAUCAAACCCGCCACACCGACCGCCGAAAAGAAGCCUUUGUUCCUCAAGGUCCCCUUCCAAGGGGACGCCGCGAGUGAACUCCUAAGCAGACGCCUUGAUCAAGCUGUCUCGCGAACCUUCCCAGCAGCAAGGGUUCAAAUAGCAUUCUCUACUAACCCGAUUUUACGCGGAGAAGGUAAGGAUAAGUUGCCACCGCAGACCACCUCAAUGUGUAUAUAUUCCUUCACUUGCUCCUGUGGAGCAGGUUACACUGGUCGCACAAGUCGGCGCUUAUCCAAGAGAAUACGCGAACACCUUCCCGCAUGGCUGGCAAAAGGUGAAACUAGAAGAAUUGACAGCGCCAUUCUCGCGCAUGUUGUCGAUUCCAGACAUCGCGUGGACCCCAACGAAGCUUUUCGUGUAAUUUAUAAGGUUGCAUCGAGUUACCCUAAGCUACUAGGCCAGCGCCUAUUAGCGACAGCGGAAGCAGCCGCCAUUAGGCUACGAAAGCCAAUUUUAUGAGCGGAGAAGAACUACGUUCAGGCUCCGCGCCUACAGUGAUCGAAGGUCGACUAACGCUGCUACACUUUGCGCCCUUCCGCUCUCACCCCAGCCCUGACAAUGACUGCUAUUACCCACCACAUCCCCCCCUCCACAUUCCCACACCCCGCCCGUGUUUUAAGUAGAACUUUUAUCGAUUUUUCUUAUCGCUGACGUGUUUUUCUUCUACCCCGUUCUCAUAUAACUGUACUGGCCCGAAGAGAAUUUAUCGAAAGCUACGUAUGCUCGCCACCUCGUCUCAUGAUAGAAAACGCUAAAACUCGAUAGUAUGGGUUAACAGAAAAGGUAAAGCACAGGACAGCAAUGCGUGCGCUCAGCGGCGUGGCAAGACAGGAAGUGACGCCCAGGUGCGAGCAUGCCAUGCAGGCAUGCCGUCCUAUCGAUAGCUUAUCAGCGUAAGCUAACUCGUGCGCGACCCUGGGAAACUUGCUGCUACGACUGCAGCCAACCAAUCAGAGGCCAGCUGCGGGCGGGACGCGAGCAGCGAAUCUCGAUUCGCUAUUAGGGUAGGGAUUGAACAUAUUAUUGAAUUUUGUUUUCUUAGAAAAACUUUAUUUUGUAAUCAGUUUUGGACCUUUGUACAGUCCGCUUUUUGCAUUUAGUACUACUAAUAUCUUUUUUUAAAUAAAACGCCCAUUUUGUCAAACCAUCUACUCAGAAUUUGCGCAGAAUUGUUAUUAGGAAGAUAAAUGGAAAACCUAAGUGGGCGACGUUGCGCCUCCUACAAACAGAGACGAAAAAUACGCAUAGGAAAAACGGCAAAGGUGAACUGUUGUACAAACUCACGAAAAAAGCCCUCUCUAGUAUCAGGUUGUGCGAAGUCAAAGUCAGUGCCAGUUGUGAGUGGAGUUGCCCAGGACUCUGUACUCGGGCCAGUUCUGUUUUUAAUUUAUGUCAACGACUGUAUGAAUAACUGUAAUAUGACUGGACUGCAAUGGAGUCAUGUUUGUCGAUGACAUCAAGCUAUGGUGGGCGAUCAACGUGGAAAAUGAUGAACGGGCCCUGCAAGGAGAACUGAACCGCCUACGCAAAAGGUCUGACAAAUGGCUGCUGAAGUUUAACCUUGAGAAGUGCGUCGCGCUGCGACUCAAAACGACUGGAAGAGCCGACGGAGAGGAUCACCAUUACCUGCUUGGUGGAAGUUGCCUUUCAAAUGUAACCGAACAAAAAGAUCUUGGGAUCAACAUUUUCUCGACUCUUAAGCCUUCCUCUCAGUGCGUUAGGGCGGCCAAAAGGGCAACCAGUGUUCUCUUUGCCAUUAAACGAACUUUCGUAGACAUAGACAAAGAGUUAUUUGGAAAAGUAUACGGAGCGUUCAUUCGUUUGCAUCUGGAAUAUGGAAUCCAUGCGUGGCGCCCGUAGCUAAAAAAGACUAUAAUUUGCUAGAAAGAGUUCAGAGGAGAGCGACAAAAAUUGUGAAAGGCCUCGGGACUUUACCUUAUAACUGCCGACUUAGUGAACUUGAACUCUUUCCUCUUGAGUACAGGCAGCUUCGAGGAGAUCUCAUACAGGCGUAUCAGAUAUUGAGGAACCGGGACUGUGCCCUAAACCUCGACAAUAUCUUUACCCUGGCCACAAAAACAAACCUGCGUGGGAACUCUCAAAAACUUCGAGGAUCCCGAUGCAGCCUGGACGUUCGCAAAUACUCUUUUUCACAGCGAGUGCUCAGUGCCUGGAACGGGCUUCCCGAGGACGGGAUAAUGGCGGAUUCCACGGAAACAUUCAAGCAAAGACUAGAUGUAUAUUCGCUUGGGAAAUGCCGCUUGUCUGGACAGAACAGCUACGUUUUGCCAAACCAACGCCUUGCAUACACCUACCGCUAAUGCGGAUGAUUGUCAUUUCCUUUUACCGAUAUCAUCUACAACUGAAUGUUCUAGUUUCGGUCCCGCAUGUUAAAAAGUAAAUAUUCCACUAAGUGCAUAUAUUACUGACAACAUUUUAGUGCCGUGUUUAUUUAAAGCUAGAUAUUGCCUAUUACCCUUAAAAUAUAGUGGCCUAUGAGUGCUUUGGACAGAGCAUUUCAGAGUUGGAGUCGGCUAGCAGAGCUUGCCGCUCGGACAAAUUCACAUCCGGCGAGAUGCGAUCGAUGGAUACAAUCUGAUUGAGGCAUAUAGGCAUAUGGUCUGCCAAAAAUCAAUAAAGCAAAUGCCCCACUCUGGCCAAUCGUUGCUCUAAACGGCAGCCCCACCUACAAUUUGGCAAAGUGGAUGUGCUCAAAACCGAAGUUCCUCCAAAGCAAUUCGACUACCUCAGUUCGAUCAGCCUCUCAAUUCCUCAUAGACCUCCGAGGUCGGAGGAUUCAAUCGGGCGAAACCAUGGUCUCCUUCGAUGUGACGUCGUUAUUCACAUCCAUCCCACGAAACAUGGCCUCCGAUGCCUUGCGCAAGAGACUUGAGGAGGCGUACGACGAGACUCAGAAUACACUCGAAAUUGGACACCUCAUGAGGUUGUUUGAAUUCUGCCAACAAACUUUCUUCACUUUUGCGGGAGAGGCCUAUGAACAAAUCAAGGGAACCCCAAUGGGCUCAACGGUUUCCGGUUUAGUGGCAGAACUGGUCCUACAGCAGCUAGAAAAGAUUGCCUUCAUCCAACAUGAAGAUGUUGACGACACGUUCGUCAUUGUAAAGAAGGACAUGUUGCAACAUUUCCACAGCCUGCUCAACGCAGUCUUUCCUGAUAUAACCUUGACGAGGGAAGAACAGGAACAGCAGUUGCCCUUCCUGGAUGUGCUUGUCAUACGAAACCUUAACGGUGAACUUUAA